CUAUUGGUAGCGCACGAAUACUCCUCGCUGCUUUUUUUAUUUCCUUUCAAAAAUAAUAACUUGAAGUUAACACUGGUGUUUAAUAAAGCUUCUUUCCUGAUAUUUCAAUUUUAGUUUUUUUGUUAACACCUAUCAGAUGAUGACGAAGGACAGGUCAGGGAAACAAAAUUAUCCCAAAGGAAAGAAAUCACAGACCGAUAAAGCUGAAGAACCCAUGACAACUAAAACGAAGAAAAGGAAACACGUGGAAGUGGAGGAAGCUGCAGUACAGAUUCCCCGAGUUACAGACCCAGAUGAGGAAACAAACAAAAAGCAAAAGAAGCGUAAAAAGACCAAGGUGACAAAAGACACCGACUCAGAGCUUACUGAGCUUCCGCAUCCAGCCGACUGUCCUGUGGGGACACAGGAGCCAGAGGGAGAAGAGGACCAAGAAAAAGCUUUGACCCCUGAGGAGAAACGGGUCCUGGAAAGGAAGAUGAAGAAAAUCCUGAAAAAGGAAGAGAAGAAGAGGCUGAAAGCAGAAGGACAGACCAAGCCGAAAACUCCAGAACCUAGUCAGAGUGCAUGGAAGCAUUCCUUGGAGUACCUCGACUGUUGGUUAAAGAAACGUUCAGCGUGGAAGUUCCAGAAGAACAGGCAGACGUGGUUACUGCAAAACAUGUACGACUCUGAAAAGAUCCCAGACAAUGUGUUUUCAGUUCUGCUUCAGUACCUGGAGGGGCUGUGUGGAACAGCGAAGGAUAUAACGGUCCAGAAGGCCUUAAAGCUGGUGGAAGAAUCUGGAGAUGCACCAAACGAUGCAGUUGUCCAGCAGAGAGCGCAGAGAGCCAGAGAAGUGAUCCAGCUUUUAUCCUGACCCUUGGGAACCACUGGAAUGGAUGAGAUAACACAGGAAGACACUGAAAGAAGGGCCGGGUCUCCUGCCUGGAACUGCUGCUCUCUGGAAAUAAUUCAUUUAAAGGCUCACAUGUCUGUCUGUGCUACUACAGUCUAUAAAGACCAAUAUUUUCCUAAAUGUUUUUACCUUCAUAUGGUUCUUUGAUCAUUUUCUGAAAACAAUAAUAUAGUUUUCCGGUGUUGAAUGUCUUCAAUAAGAUGGAGAUGAAAUCUUCGGAGGGGGGUGGAACGCUAAGAAACUAGUGGAGGUAAAAGUAGUCAGGAAUGCUUAUGGUUGAGACAUGUUGAUGCAAGUCAGACGUGUAUUCAGUCCAGUCCAGCUGAUGACUCUUCCUGACACGGGAGAAAAUAUUCUGUGAAACCAACUCAGACCCUCAGCCUACAUGAUGUUCACACAGCCUCAUUAUGUAGAGUUUCAUCUGUUCAAUGAUGCAGAUCCACAUUUUAGAUCAAAUGUUUACACAAACUUAUCGACAGGCUGGAACGCUUAAUUUUAAAUAAUUUAUUAGAGAUGCUUUAGCUUUUCUUUGUCUUUUUAAAAAAGGUCUGGUGUUACUUUUUUGGGGAAAUUGAAAUUUUCUCCAAUCCGUAAAAGUUCAGCAAUAUACAUUUAGGCUCUCAGUCCAUGUAGAUGUUUCUCUCAGCUGCAGACAGUUACUCUGGAGCUAAGUGUUCUUAUUUUCUAAAGGUGAUAGAAACAUUUGACUAAAAUGUUGGAUCUGCUGCAUAAAAGUGAGUUUGUACUACGGCCUGAAUGACACCAGGGUUUUCCCGAGAGCUGAAACCAAAAUGCAUCUUUUCUCUAACACACGUGGAUCUUGAAGAGUUGGCUAAAAAUGGUCAGGAGAUUUGUGCUUCCUUUUGCUCACUGCAUGGUUUAGAUCAGUCCUCCAGAGCCGUCCUCCAUGUUUGGACAUUUUUACUGCUCCAAAUUCAAAUAAAUGCUGAUUUUCUGCAGAUCUUGAUAUGCUGCAGUUUAGCCUUUUAUCUAACCUCUGGGCAUAGAUGAAUCUAAACAUGCAGGACACUGGAUAUUGGGACACUGAUGUUGACAAAUCCUGGGUUAGAAGUUUCCCUUUAGCCACAUCCCCAAUUUACAUGCUUAUGUUGAACAUGAAUUAAUUUAAAUUAUGCUUGUGACAAAAUU